AUGGCACCCCGCAAGGACAAGGACAAGGGCGAGAAAGCAGCUGGGACCGAUGGUGUGUUUCUGAAGGUUGACUUUGAUGGUGAGGGCUGGAUGCUGACCAGUCGUCCCUAUUCGGCCAUCGAUGUCUCGGCGAAUUUGCACACCAAGGUCACGAAAACCCAAGCCGCCAAGAUCCUGAAAGAAUUGCAUCAGAAUGGCGAGAUCGAAGCACGAACUGCGGGGAAACAAACAGUCUACCACGCACUCCAGAAAUCAUCCGACAGCGCUAGCCCAGAAAUCCUCGCUGCCCUCAGUCACGAGAUCGAGACACUCCAAGAAGAACUCUCCACGAUCAAGACAAACGAGAAAAAGGCCCGAGCUGCCUUGGCUGCCCUCGAAGCUAAACCUCGACUUUCUACUCUGCGAGAGGACAUCCGCCAGCUACAGGAGGAACGAGAUGCCGCCCAAGCACGCCUAGGCAAACUCUACGGCGACGAUCAACCUCAGAUCUCCCCCGAGGCGCGUGCUCAGCUGGAGCGCGACUGGAAACAAUGGGAACACCAUGCCACCAUUCGCCGUCGUAUUUGUCGCGAAUUAUGGGGGCGAUGCUCGGAGGUUUUGCCUGAGGACAUGACUGCGUCGCAGCUAUGGGAGUCUUUGGGGCUUGAAGGACCGCUCCAAUGA